AUGACGACGUGGACCAAUAGGUCCUGGUUCAUGACGAUGUGGAGCAACGGGUCCUGGUCCCUGACGAUGUGGACCAACGAGUCCUGGUUCAUGACGAUGUGGAGCAAUGGGUUCUGGUCCCAGACGAUGUGGACCAACGGGUCCUGGUCCCUAACGAUGUGGACCAACGGGUCCUGGUUCAUGACGAUGUGGAGCAAUGGGUUCUGGUCCCAGACGAUGUGGACCAACGGGUCCUGGUCCCUAACGAUGUGGACCAACGGGUCCUGGUCCCUAACGAUGUGGACCAACGAGUCCUGGUUCAUUACGAUGUGGAGCAACGGGUCCUGGUCCCUGACGAUGUGGACCAACGAGUCCUGGUUCAUGACGAUGUGGAGCAACGGGUCCUGGUCCCUGACGAUGUGGACCAACGAGUCCUGGUUCAUGACGAUGUGGAGCAAUGGGUUCUGGUCCCAGACGAUGUGGACCAACGGGUCCUGGUCCCUGAUGUAUGACCUCCUCAAAUCUGAACUACGGGCUUGA